CUCAACAGUCAACAUUCAGCAUCCCAUACCUUUCUUUGGCUAAUUGACUUCCACGGUACAUACCUUAGCAAUCAAACUCAUCAUGGCUUCCAUAUCUUUUAGCUCCACAACUCCUUUCUUUGGCUCAAAUUUUGUGGGCAAUGAAGCUCAUUCCCAUCCUGCGUCUGUCAAAUUCCGCCCACUUCGAAUAUCAGCCGCUUGUGCAACAACGGCAGAGAGAGCAGCGCCUCAAUACAUUGCGUCACCAGCGGCUUCACUUUAUGAAGUUCUGGGUAUUCAAAUGGGUGCCACAUGUCAGGAAAUCAAGACUGCUUACCGGAAGUUGGCGAGAGUUUUACACCCAGAUGUAGCAGCUAACAGUCACAAGGAGGUCACAGCUUAUGAGUUCAUGAAGGUACAUGAAGCAUAUGAAACUCUUUCUGAUCCAGAGAAGCGAGCAGAUUACGACCGUUCCUUAUUCGAGCGAAGAAGACCACCAGUAAGUUCUCCUUUUGGAAUGUCAGGAGUGGCAACUACAAUGGCCACGCUGUCAAAUUCAAGAUUUUCCUGCUAUACACGGCGGUCUUGGGAAACUGAUCAAUGCUGGUAGGAAAUAGCUGCACAAUGGGCGGAAUUAGUUAGUUAGGAUGAGAAAUAUAUAUAUAUUCUAAAAGCAUUACUCUUGUUCUUGUCUAUGGGGAAAUGCUAAAUUGUGCAUGUAAAUAUCUAUGAUUGAAACUGAAACUUAAAGCAGGCGGCAUUUUUAGAGCCUGGAUUUAAUGAAGAUUUCAGUUCCUCUA